AACCCGGCAGGCCCUGGGGAGGAGAGAAGAGGAAACUCACGCCCGGGACACGAGUUUCCUCCAGCCGUCGCCUCGUGUGCUCGUGUUGUGAUUACGAGCCCUCGCCGCAUUCACGACAAAUGCCACCGUCGCAUCCCUUCCCUCGAGCCACCAAGCCUUCAAACUUACACCUCUCCCUUGGCAUCUUUUUCCUCUUCCGCUGAUGCGCAUGUCUCGGCGCAUUCGAGAAAGCACCUCGCCCACAUUGCGCUGUAA